UGAGGCUCCGUGCAGGUAUAAGGAAGUGUUUCCACUGACAGACUAAAAACUUUUCUUCUUUAGCUUAGAAACACACCAGCUACUCUCUCCAACACCCAAAUAUGGCUGUCAGUAAAGAUACAGACUGCAACAGAUGAUCAGGACUGCAGAAAAAAUCAUUGGUGUCGACCUGCCCCCCAUCCAGGACUUAUCCGGUCCCGGGCUGGGAAACGGAAACAACCAUGUACAACAAUGAAGAGAUCCGGAUCGUGAUGGUGGGGAAGACCGGAGCUGGGAAGAGUGCAGCAGGAAACACCAUCCUGGGACACAAGUGCUUUGAAUCUGAUUUCUCCCCUGAAUCUGUGACCGCAGACUGUGCUAAGGCGUAUGGUGAGCUGGAUAGACAGAAGGUUUCUGUCAUCGACACUCCAGGUCUGUUUGACACCAAUACAGAUGAAGAGACGACACGUAAAAAUAUCUCCCAGUGUAUGGCUUAUGCUUCUCCUGGACCACAUAUCUUUCUGAUUAUCAUCAAACUGGGCCGACUCACAGAAGAAGAAAAGAAGACGGUGGAGAAGAUUCAGAAAAUCUUUGGAAAGUCAGCAGACAAAUACAGUAUGGUUCUCUUUACCCAUGGUGACCAGCUCAGUGGGAAACCUAUCGAGGAGUUCUUGAAGAAAAGCAAAGAGCUGCAGGAGCUUGUGGCCAAAUGUAACGACCAGUACCACGUCUUUGAUAACACGAUCUCUGAUAGUUCUCAGACCAGAGAGCUGCUCAACAAGAUCAGAAAUAUAACAGGGAGGAACAGAGGAAACCAUUACACCACUGAGAUGUUUCAGGAGGCAGAGAGGGCGAUUGAAGAGGAGAAACAGAGAAUCCUGAAAGAGAAAGAAGAGGAAAUGAGGAAAGAGAGCAAGGAACUAAUGAGGAAAAUAGUGGAAAAAUUUGAGCAAAGGAUAAAGGAAGCGAAGGAAGACGCGGAGAAGGAGAAACAGCGAAUCCUGAAAGAGAAUGAAAAGCAAAAGUGCAAAGAGGAGGAACUAAAGAGGAAAAUAAAAGAAAAACAUGAGAAAGAACUAAAGGAAGCAGAGGAAGACACUAAGGAGAAACAGCGAAUCCAGAAAGAGAAAGAAGAGCAAAAGUGCAAAUUGAAGGAGGAACUGGAGAGGGAAAUAAAAGAAAAACACGAGAAAGAAUUAAAAGAAGCGAAGGAAGAGAUGGAAAAAGAACUAAAAGAGAAAAUGAAAGCACUGGAGGAAGAACAGGAAGAGAAGGCUAGAAGAGAGGCAGAGAAGAGCCUUUCAGUGCGCGCAAAGAUUGGUCGUGGACUUGCGGUGGUGGGGGCUGUGGGGGCUGCGGUGGCGGUGGCGGCUGGGUUGGCUAUUGCGCCUGUGUCAGCUGUCGGGGCUGUUGGGGCUGGGUUGGUUGCGGGGGCUGUGGCGUUAUUUAAAAAAUAACUACAGCUCAUUGUAUCCGACCUGAUGUACAUUAUAAUGUCAGUGUUUAAAACUGAUCUGUUGAUUCUCAAAUUACUCUCACCUUUUCUUUUAGACAUAUUUUGAACACAAAACUAAAAGACUAAAGGGACUUUCAGACAGGACACGGUGGGGGGCUACGCGCUGCUGUCAAGCCCAUUCAUUGUCUAUGUGUAGCUCUGCACAAGAGCGUAUCUGCACUCGGCCGAGCUGAGCUCAGCACAAGGUCUUGUUUGCCAGUUAGACCAAUAGUAACUGUCUGCAGUCUGCAAGACCCAAUUUCAAAUAUCUUUAUUUAUCUGUUAGGAACUUCAGUUGUGUAAAAAAAGCAUCAGUGUGCAUACAGCUCAGCACAACAAAA